CCCCCGGUCUCCUUCACGCUGGCGGGGCGACGCUGCCGCAGCUCAGGGGACCCGGCUCCGUCGGGGGCGGAGCGGAAGCGGCUCAGCCCCGGCCGUGCCACGUCCCGCCGCCCAGAGCUCGGCUGCCCCGGCUGCUUGGAGCCACCCGGCCCGGGGGAGGCGCGGGCUGGAGUAGGACGGAGGAAGGGCCGGGAGGCUGACGUGGCAGGCCGCGCGUCACUGCCGCCGGCCAUUUUGGACGCGGAGGAGGCUGCUCUGGGCGCCAACUCCGGACGGGGGCAGCCUGGGCGAUCGGCUGGGCCCGCGGCUCUGCCCACCGACCCUCCUCCCGUCCCCUCCCCCGGCCCGCGCCACCUCGACCUCAGGUGACCCCCUUGCUGCCCCUCACGCCUUCUGGAGGAGACCAGAUCGAAGCCGACCUAAGUGACCUGACCCACGUCACUGAGCUUUAUAUGACCUCCAAGCAAAAUGAUGGAAGAGAGUGGAAUAGAGACAACGCCCCCUGGAACUCCUCCCCCAGCUGCUGCUGGAGCAGUAAUCACAACAUCGACCACACCUUCCCCUCUAGCUUCUUCCAGGUCAUUUUCUUCAACUAAUACACCCUCAAUGCAAUCCUUACCACCACAAACAUUCUCUACACCUCUGCCAUCACUUGCUCCCAUGAAGAGUUCAGCUUCUUUGCCUUUUGCAUCGUCUUCUCCGGUUUCUGCUAUCUCAUCUUCUGUUUCUGUUGCCCCACUUCCUGUUUCUUCUGUCCCACUUCCUGUUUCCCCAUCAGCUGCUACAGCCUUCACUAGUAAUGCUCCUCCCCCUUUUCCAUAUUUCCCAUCAAGCACUGCUCCAAGCACUGUUAUUUCCCCUCCUCCUACGGGUCCUCCUAUAUCAGGAUUUUCUGUUGAUUCGGUCUAUGACAUCACGAGGGGUCAUGCAGGAAGAACUCCCCAGACGCCUUUGAUGCCAUCAUUUUCUGCACCUGCUGUUACAGGUAUAUUGCCACCUCCUAUUUCUCAACAAGCCAAUUUGACACCUGUGCCACAGGGAACUGGAAGUGGCUCAGCUAUCACUUUCCCAGAGGAGCAUGAAGACCCUAGACUGGCAAGGGUUCAGAAUGAAUCAUCUGCUGGUGGUAUCUGGGGGUUUAUCAAGGGUGUGGCUGGAAAUCCUAUGGUGAAAUCCGUGCUUGAUAAAACUAAACACUCAGUAGAAAGCAUGAUUACUACACUGGACCCAGGCAUGGCUCCGUAUAUCAAAUCUGCAGGUGAACUAGAUAUUGUGGUAACCUCAAAUAAAGAGGUAAAAAUUGCUGCUGUCCGAGAUGCCUUCCAGGAAGUCUUUGGUUUAGCUGUAGUUACAGGAGAAGCUGGCCAGUCUAACAUUGCACCACAACCAGUGGGCUAUGCAGCUGGAUUAAAAGGGGCCCAAGAGCGGAUAGACAACUUACGUCGAACUGGUGUGAUUCAUGAAAAACAACCUGCUGUGUCUGUAGAAAACUUCAUUGCUGAAUUGCUCCCUGACAAGUGGUUUGACAUUGGCUGUUUGAUAAUUGAAGAUCCUGUCCAUGGCAUUCAUCUAGAAACAUUUACACAAGCUACACCAGUGCCUUUGGAAUAUGUACAGCAGGCUCAAAAUCUCACUCCCCAGGACUAUAAUUUAAAAUGGUCAGGCCUUUUGGUAACUGUGGGUGAAGUGCUUGAGAAGAACUUGGUACAUGUCAACCGGACUGAUUGGCAUGUUGCUUUCACUGGCAUGUCUCGGCGACAAAUGAUCUACAGUGCUGCCAAAGCUAUAGCAGGCAUGUAUAAACAACAUUUGCCACCCAGGACCGCUUGAGAGAAGAUUGUCUGCAAUACAGAGACUUUUUCUAUAGCUUAAUAUCAAAGAAGAGAUCAUAUCUUCCGAUUGAACGGUUUCAAAGACUUCUGCAGGUUUUCUAAUUUACCUGAUAUUCCAAGUAGAAAAACUACAAAUGUAAUUUUGUUACAUAAUAAUCUUAACUUCAAAUAUCAAUAGUUCUCAGAAAUGAGCAUCUACAGCAUUUAUAACAUAUGUUUGAUAGCACUAAGUUUGUAAAAGGAGAAUUUAUUUGCUGAGACAUUUACUGUACUUGUUUUAAAUUGGGUGAUUUUUUUUUUCUAAAGAGGGCCAGUUGAUAAAUAGUGCUAUAAAGUCCCUCCCAGCUCUAAAUCUAUGUGUCUGAGCUUACUAUUACCUGUUGGGUUGCUUAUUUCUCAUUUCACUUCAGAAUGAAUCCCUUUCCCCAUAGUUUUUAAAAAUCUGAUUUGUGUAUAAUCUCAGGACUGAUGCUCAAUAACUCCACAUUAGAGUACCAUAAGACACAUGGAAAUGACAUUUUCAUAAACAUUUGAUAAAACAUCAGAUUUUUUUGUGCUGAGAGCGAUUCACGUAGCCAUGUGUAACGUAGCUUUGCAAAGAAAAAUCCCACUUUAUUUCAGUGUAUAUCAUACCUUGGCACAUCAUAAAUUGUUCCUUGAACAUCAAGAUACUCUUUGAUUUUUCAAGUCUUUGUUUUCUCUGUAUCUGAAAACAGUUGCUUCCCUUUAAUUCAGAAGCAUUUCUAGAAUCAUCUCGCACAACACUAUAGGUGACCAUUCUGUUGCUUCCUGUGCAAAUAUAUGGCAAUCAUUUUUGCACUCUAUUUCUUUUCUUCCACUUACACCUUCCAUUCUGCAAUAAAGUAUUUGAUGAGCAGGGAAUAUUUUACUGUUAUAGGAUUGGUGUUUGUGUUUAAAAAAAAUUAUAGUACUUUUGGGUUUUGCUUUAAAACACUACCUUUUCAACUCAUGCCAUUCUGCCUUUACUUUUUUAGAUACUUUCAGAGGAUCCUUUUUAUACUAUAUGCAAUUUGUUAGUCCAUUAUAUUUGUACACGUUGGUAAUUUAUCCUUUUCCUAAAUAAUCUAUUUUGCCAUUGUGGGCCAACAAUAAACCAAAAUUAAAUAAAUGAAUUUUUAUGAAAUAAGUUCACUGCAUAUUUGUGCAUAUAAAGUAUGUGAAAGCAAUUUCUCAUAUGCUACGAUUUAACUUUUAUGAAAUACUUCUUACUUUUGGCUGAUGUUAGAAAAAUAAAUCAUGGCAGUUCUACCCAA